UCAGUCGUUUUCUCAGCCAGUGCGAGUCGGUUCGGUGGCCGCGUUCGUCGUCCACCAGGUCGCGCAGCAGCCGUUCGAAUUUCGUGUUCGUCGAUAAAGAUCGGCACCGCGAAUCUUGUUCCUUUUUUGGUAAUGGUCGAGUGUGAAGGAGCCGCUGUCGAUCGUGUGAAAAUAUCCUCGCCAAAUACUUAGUGUUAAGUGGGUCCAUAUGAUUCUAUACUGGGCCGAUGUGAAUCUAGGAGCGGGCAAAAAAUUUAGGCCGCGACUCGGCCAAGAUUCUUCUUGUGUAAACAGUGGCCGAUUGUUGUUCACGAUUCCCAACUAUUUCAGAGUGUCUUCGGAGUUUGCCGUCAAUGUCGGCAGCCUCAGCGAGUGCUAUUUCGCCGGCAAAGGUACCGCGGUGGUGCUACCUGAUGCCGACCCUGUAUCCCAGCCCGAGGGCGUCGAAAAUGGGGAGACCACGGUCGAAGAUGAUUCGCAAAACGCGCCGAAAGGUGGCAGUAACGCGUAUCAAAACAGUGCACCCAUCCAACGUCAUUUGCAGUGCAUGUUCAACCUGUUGAGGACGGAGGAAACUCUAAAAAUGGCUGUCAAACUGGAAAGCGUCCAUCCAUCUAGAACGCGAUAUUUGGUGGUUGCCUCAAGGCAGGGUAGUGCAGGAGAGGAAUGUUGCCUGUUGGGUAUCGACUGUAAUGAGCAGACUACCGUGGGAUUAGUCCUUCGGAUUUUAGCCAACACCAGCAUUAGGCUUGAUGGAGAUGGGGGAUUCAGCGUUAGCGUAUGUGAAAGGCAUCACAUUUUCAAGCCAGUUUCAGUUCAAGCCAUGUGGUCAUCGCUUCAAACUCUCCACAAAAUCAGUGGCAAAGCUCGCGAAGGAAACUACUUCCAGGGUGGUGGUACGCAUUCCUGGGUGGAGUAUUACGAAAACCACGUUACCUCUGACCGGUCCUGCCUCAAUGAGUGGCACGCCAUGGAUUGCUUGGAGUCCAGAAGGCCGCCAUCGCCAGAUUCGAUACGCGCGAGGCCUACCGAGAGGGAAGAAACGGAAAAAGUAAUUCGAGCUACACUCAAAGAAAUUAUGAUGUCCGUGGAUUUGGACGAAGUAACGUCAAAAGUUAUUCGUACACGACUCGAAGAGCAACUAGACAUGGACCUGGCUGAGUACAAGAGCUUCAUCGACCAGGAGAUGCUGGUCAUCUUAGGUCAAAUGGAUGCACCAACGGAGAUCUUUGAGCACGUUUUUCUGGGAUCCGAAUGGAAUGCCAGUAAUUUCGAGGAGUUACGAAAAAAUGGCGUCGGACACAUUUUGAACGUUACUAGGGAAAUCGACAACUUUUUUCCUGGGUCGUUCAAAUACUGCAAUGUACGAGUUUAUGACGACGAGAAAACGGACUUGUUGAAACAUCUAGAUGACACAUUCAAGUACAUUUCAAAAGCAAGGAACGAAGGCUCCAAAGUUUUGGUACAUUGUAAAAUGGGUAUCAGUCGCUCGGCCACCGUAGUGAUAGCCUAUGCCAUGAAAGCAUACCGUUGGGAGUUUUCGAAAGCCUUACAAUACGUCAAAGAACGACGAAAUUGUAUCAAACCAAACACCAAUUUCUUAACUCAACUUGAAACUUAUCAAGGUAUAUUGGAUGCAAUGAAGAACAAAGAAAAACUACAGAGAUCAAAGUCUGAAACUAAUCUUAAAUCUCCUACUAACAGUAACAAGACGGACAAAGUGCUCUCUGGCAAGGAAUCGAUUCCUAUCACUCAGGCUCUGUCCAAAUCCUACGAUUUGCAAUCGACGUUGUCCGGGCAGGACUUGCGACAGAUGGGCGCGCGACCCAAGUCCUGGUCUCCCGACAACAUCGCCACGAAGGAAAUCCGAAAGAAUAUUAGGUCGUCACCUGGUUCCGUUAGUUUGGAAGAUCUAACUCAGGCCCGCCACGUGCUCAUGCCCUGUGAUAACGGGGAGUCGUACAGCGUCUCUCCAAACCAAAUUGUACACCUACCCGGUCGCGACGUUAGCGAUCAUAGUUCCUGUAGUUUAAGCGAUAGAACUGUAACGUCCGAAACGUGGGAUCCAGGAGAAGUGAGCGAGGAAGUAGCGACGGCGUCGAAUGUCAGUGACAGUACAAAUAGCGAAGUCUGUGAUUCGAAACUUAGUGUAGUCGAGUGUGAAAACAUCCCCGUGUGGACCUCUUCCGCUGUGGUAGUAACUCAAAGUGCUGUGUCUUUUAGUAACCUUAGUACAGUUCCUGAAUCUCGUUCGAAAUCCGGUUCUCAGAGCGAUUUAUUCUCUAAUCAGUUGGAUCGCGUGUUCGACAAAGAGGAGAAAAAACAAAAGAGGAGGUCAGUUAUAGUGACUGAUGUUACUCCAGCAGACGAUGGUACACAAAUCAGGGAGUGUCCCUCGAGGCAAAGUUCGUGGAGCUCGUAUGAUAGCGCGGUUGUUAUGGGCGAGAAAAAUGAAUUAUCUAGGCAUAGUUCGUGGGGCUCAGGAGACACGAGAAAUCGACCAAGUAGAAAUAGCUCAUGGGGGUCUUACGACAUGCGUCCACGAGGAUCAGUAUACUACAACAAUGAACAAGGGGUGAAGAUUCUUCACAGCGCCUCAGAUCUCGACCACAGUUCCUCAGGAAUAUUUCCUUACACUAAGGAAGAUAUUCCGUGGCAUCCUGGUACCGUCCGGCGUACCAAACAACGUAUUGAGGGUGGUGCUGCACGACAGUGUAGCGUUGAUAGCGUAACAAGCAGUGGUCUCUCCCCUACAAAUGCUCCUAGCUUAGAAACGUUAUCAUGCAACUUUGCAGAGGCGGUUAAUAAUACUAUUAUAGAUCGGUUAAAAACGACUGAUAAAGAUUCUAGUGCCAUAUCAAGCAGAAUUGAUAUACCUAUAGUAGAUACUGGAAAGACCCUAUCAACAAGUAUAUCCCGGCUAUCUGUAAGCGCUCCUGAACCUUCCUCUAUGGAAUUGGUAUCCCAAGAUGGUUCCUUAUCAAGAUCGGUAUCUAACGUUUCUUCGCCUUCAAAGGAUAGCUCAUCUGUUAAGAAUUACCGCCACAUCUUAGAAUCGCCUAAUAGAAUUACGAAGAAACUGGAUAAUUCUAUAGAUAUUUCAAACUCUCUUGGUAAAGUCCAGAACUUAAAAAAAGAAUUUGAGGCUAAAUCAAACAUAAUCGCUGUGGAUCCGCUAACUUCAUGCGUCGACCCAACAACUGAAGGUGGUUUAAAGGUAGCCAAACAGAAAGGUAACAGUGUGCCUUCAUCACCAGUAAGCAAUCAUGUGGUAAAAGACCAGACAGCUCCGAAUGAAGAUUUAAACUUUGAAAGUAUCAGGAGUAAAUUUGAGAGUAACGAGGAAAGGGAGGUAAAAUUAAGACAAAAAUACAAUAAUCCCAAAAGAAAUGGCACUAGAUACUCUUGCUUUGAAGUGACAGUCAAUAAAAAUCUACGUCCGCAAUUGAUAUCAAACUUGAAUAAGCAAGAGAAAAAUGAGACUGAAUAUAAGAAGCCUCCAAUAGUAAAGCAAUUGGCGGCUACUGUAAUUGCGACAGCAACAAAGAAGAAACAACAAUAUGGCAACAGUCAUCCUUUAGCGAAAAUAAAUAUAAGGCCACGGCACAACAACCCGGUCUAUAAUACAAUGUAAGAGCAGCUCAAGUAGUGCAAUGAAGUUAUACGAACGCGCAUCACAAGAAUAGUGCUGUACUAUCUAGAGUCGCAUAAAUUUACAUAGAUUCUAAAAAUAUGUGUUCUAGGUAAUAACCUUUUUUCAAACCAGAAAUUUUUGUUGCUUGGAAAAUUUCACCAUUUUGAUCAUUUAAUAUCUAUUAUAGCUUAUAAAUUUUAUGAAAGUAUAAAUUCUAUGCAGUUGUUAAAGAUACACUCAUAUAAAUUAAUAUUAUUUGUAUUUGUUUCUCUUAAGUUUUUUAUCAGUUUUUAUGUAAACUUCUAGUAAACAAUGUCAGAGCUUGCUCUGUGUCUAACAUGUCUAAUACUACUAACUUGACUAGUUGAAAAUGUUUUUUUUUAAUUAAUAUCUAUAAAUACUGAUUUAAAUUUAAGGGAAAAUUAAAAAUUUUAUCCCAAUAGAAAAUUAGAUUCCUGGUGAAAUUUAGUUUUAAACAUCACAAUAUCAUCGUAGUAUUUACAGAUUUAUAAUUUUAGCUUAUGUUCAAGCCGAGCAAAUUUUCUAAUAUACCAUUAUGAAAUGCUCAAGUUACAAAAGAAAAUGGCUGUGACUGUUUUUUUCUAUUUUUCCACAAGCUAGGUUUUAUGUAUUCAAAUUAAUUUGUUUUUCAUAUUUUUAUGGUUAAUUUGUAACUAUUUUUCUGUUUAUAUAUAAAUCUAUUUUUUUUUGUCACAAAAGAAACUUCUAUGAUAGUUUCAGUGUGGCGUUUUCCUUUUUAUUUAGGAAACAUUUAUGUGAAAAGCUCUACUAUACUGCUCAGAGAUGUAAAAAUUUUAAAAAAUCAAUAAAUAUGUAGUAUCACAAUUACUGUGGUAAUAUAUUCUGUAGCUAUUAUUGUAUAUAUUAAGCUUGAGAAUUAUUGCAACCCACUUUCAUCCAUAGUUGCUUACAUAAUGUAAAUAAGGUUAAGAAAUUAUUUUUCAAAAUAUAAAAAUCAACAGGACAUUUCUGAAUUUAAAAUUGGAGCAAUACUUAUGUGUAGUACAUUUAAAAAAUUCUAUAUCAAAAGUAAAUCAAAAUAUACUCUU